UGUGGGUGGAGCUUCCGCCACUGGCCGGACACCGCUGCGUACCUCCCCGGGUCAGCGCGCUCCCCCCGAGGACACGCACUUCCUGCCAGGCCUCUGUGCGCACCUUGGCCAAACGGAGCCGAGUCCAGCCGAGCCCAAGCCCUUCUAAGCGGAUCGCCAUGGUGGACGAGCUGGUGCUGCUGCUGCACGCGCUCCUGGUGCGACACCGCGCCCUGAGCAUCGAGAACAGCCAGCUCAUGGAACAGCUGCGGCUGCUGGUGUGCGAGAGGGCCACGCUGCUGCGCCAGGUACGUCCGCCCAGCUGCCCGGUGCCCUUCCCUUCAAAGUUUAACGGCGAGAGCGCCCGGCUCCCCGAGUUUGUUGUGCAGACGGCAUCUUACAUGCUUGUGAAUGAGAACCGCUUCUGCAACGACGCCAUGAAAGUGGCAUUCCUGAUCAGCCUCCUCACCGGGGAAGCCGAGGAAUGGGUGGUGCCAUACAUCGAGAUGGAUAGCCCCAUCCUCAGCAAUUACCGGGCCUUUCUUGAUGAGAUGAAACAGUGUUUUGGCUGGGAUGACGACGAAGAUGAUGAUGACGACUACGAGGAUGAUGAUUACUAGGCCUGGAGCCCCUUAGGCCUAGAGGGGGAGGGCCCUGCACGCCGCCUCCUCCCCACCCCCACCCGCCACUCCUGCUGCCGCUGUGCUCCCGUUUGCAUUGCCAUCCUCUUCCCUGCCCGUCUGUUCUCUCCUUCACCCCUGUAGUGCUUGUCUUUGUUCCAGGAACAGUGCUCCAGUUUACCUGCUGCAAGGGCUUGGGUUGGGCCUAGGCCCAGUCGGAACUGCACAUUGUCUUUAACUCUGACCAAUCUCAGCACUAUUCUCCUGCUAAUAUGAACUGUGUUUUGAGCUCCAGCCAUUGUCCAGGACCCUGUUAGAACUGGUCAGACCACCUCAUCCCUGCUACUGCCAUUCGCUAGACUGCCCGUCCUUCAUCGGCCAGGGACUUAUGCUGUCACUUCACCACCACCACCAUUCACCGCAUCCCAUCAGCAGACAUCUGUUUUUCAAGAUUAGGACGAAGUAGAAGAUGCCUGAGUUGGCAACACCUCUUCAGACUGAUUUGGACAGCUCACCUACCCCUGCAUGGGACAGUGUUACAGCCUGGUUAGUUCUGUACUCCAGGGUCCUCUCUGCCCUGCCAGAUUGCUGCAGGAGCCUGAUGUGCCUGACAGCCAAAAUGUUGACAUUUCUUUUCUCAUAUGCAUCAGUUUUGCACAGCUGUCAUUUUUCUUUCAAAAUUGCAUCAGUCUCACAGAUAUGUGUAUUUGGACAAAUAGUACUGAAUAAAGAAGCAAACAGGCGCUUAGCCCAGCUCCUCUCUAGUACCUGGAAAAAGCAUUGGCAUUCUUUUCAAUAAAUAUUAAGCACUGCAAAACUAGA